AAGGACACACACACAGACACAUCCACGCCUGCACACACACGGCCACACCGCCGGAGUGCGAGCCAUGGGUGCUGCGAGGUGAACGCCGGCCCGGACCUCCGCGCCUCGCUCCUCCCGCUCGCACGCCCCCGGAGCCGCCGAAAGCCCAAAAGAAAGAAAAAAAUAAAAUAGGGAGGAGGAGAGAGAGGACCCCCCCCCCCUUCUCUCCAUCGGUCAGUCCCCUCCCUCCGGAGCCGAGAAAGAGGGAGGAGGCAAAGGCAAAGCCUUUCGGCCCGCGGCGCCGAAAGCGAAGGAAGGACCGGUCGCUCGCCGCCGGAGCGUCCACCUGGGGACGGAGCGUUUAGCAGAGAGUGGGGCCACCCGGAGGAGCCCCCCCCGUCGUCCUGGCCGGACCCUCCCCGCUUUCCACCGCCUCGUCUCCAUCUCUCCUGCCACAGCGGGGCGGGGGCAGGUCGGAGGGGGAGGAGAGGGAAGGAAAAGAAGAAUUACAGAGACGAGGGGGGCAGCGGCUCGCCCGAGCCCCAACGGCAGAGAGGACAGCGGCCGGGCAGGAGGGAGGACCGGCCCCCCCGGCCCGGAGGACCCGGACUCCACUCCUGAGAAAUAAUCCGGAGGAUGGACCCCGCAGCCGCAUCCCAGCUUUUCGUGGAUUAAAAGCCAAUUCGAAAAAAAAAAGCCACCACCCCCCCCAAACCCCACCAGCUACCGUCGGCCGAAGACGAGUGGGACUCUGGAAAGAAAAAAAGGGAUCGAACGACUCGUGGAUGCUUUUUUCUCUUCCACCCACCCCAACCCAUUUUCUGCUACUUUGCAAAGAGGUUUAGGAAGGAUCACCUCCCGGCCGGCCCCCGACCUGCAACGUGCGGUGGUGAUUUUUUUUUUUUUUUUGGUGGGUCUUUUUUCUCUCUCUCUCCUGAAUUUUCUUUCCAGUGAUUUUUUUUGGCUCCCUAAGAACCAUUAUUUCACCAGGCACCUCAUGUCGGGUGAAGCCCGUUUUCUCCUCCUCCCCCGAACCUUCGUGUGGAUGGAAUUCGUGGAGAUCCGGUUACUAAGGAUAUAGUGUAAAAAAAAAAAUAAUUAAAUCGCGUGCCUUGGGGGGGGGGCUGCCUUGACUUAAAAAAAAAAAAAACCAACACACCCCGCGCCUCCUUUCCAACCCCACAUUUAAGUCGGUUAGAGAAAGGGGGGGCAGUCCCCAGACAGAAGCAGAGAAGAAUUUAAUUUAUUUGCACCCCUCCCGAUGUAAAACCCGUCGCCGGACGGUCGGGGGACUCCUUGUCGGGUGUGGGUGUCUUUUUUUUUCCUUUUAAUUAUUUUGAUUUUUUCUGGCGGCCCAGGGAGGAGGUGGUAGACCCUGCCUUUUUCGAUUUUUUGGCGUCUCCCUCGCUCCCUCCCCUGCGGCCGGGGUCUAAUACGGUCCCGCCCGCGGGGUUGGGGGUGAAGCCCCUUGCGGGGGCCGGGUGUCGGCGGAGCGGGGUGGGGAGGCAGAAGCGGGGCGACCCCCCCCUCCCCGGACCCCCCGAGCCCCCCCAAAUCCCCCCGGGCUCCGAGAGACUGGCGCAUGUUCCGGAUCGUUCCCGCUGCCGCCCGGGCCUUUGCAACUCCCGCUCCAGCUCCUGCAACUCUUGCAGGUCCUGCAACUCCCGCAGGUCCCGCAGCUCGUCUUUCUGCUCCUGCUGCCGCCGUGUGUGGCCCCAACUCGGCGCCCGGAUCCUUCAUGGUGUGCGGAGGUCAUGCACGCUCCUUAGCAGGGAAACGACCUCCCUCCUCUCCUCCUCGUCCCGCAUGUUCAGGACCAAACGAUCGGUGCUCGUCCGGCGACUCUGGAGGAGCCGAGCGCCCGGCGGGGAGGACGAGGAGGAGGUGGCAGGAGGGGAGGAAGGGGCCACGGACAGCCGGGCGCAUGGGGCAGGGGGAGCGGGCAGGACUGGCUGCUGCAUGGGCAAGGCGGGCAUCGGCUCAGCCGCCCAGGCCCCCGGGGGCUCCGAGGCCGAACUGAAGGCUCUGACCCACUCGGUCCUGAAGAAGCUCAAGGAGCGGCAGCUGGAAAUCCUCCUGCAGGCGGUGGAGUCCCGAGGAGGCGCCCGCACCGCCUGCCUCCUCCUGCCCGGGAGGGUGGACUCCAGGCCGGGGCCGGGGCCGCCGGGGUCCCCCCCUCGGCCGCCCUCGCCGCCGUCCUACUCCCUCCCCUUGUUGCUCUGCAAAGUCUUCAGGUGGCCCGAUCUCAGGCAUUCCUCCGAAGUCAAGAGGUUGCGUUGCUGUGAAUCUUAUGGGAAGAACAACCCGGACCUGGUUUGCUGCAACCCUCACCACCUCAGCAGGCUCUGCGAACUAGAGUCUCCCCCUCCUCCCUACUCCAGAUACCCAAUGGAUUUUCUCAAACCAACUGCAGAUUGUCCAGACGCUGUGCCUUCCUCCACUGAAACAGGGGGAACUCAUUAUCUAGCCCCUGGGGGGCUUUCAGAUUCCCAACUUCUUCAGGAGCCGGGCGAUCAGUCACACUGGUGCGUGGUGGCCUACUGGGAGGAGAAAACAAGGGUGGGUCGGCUCUACUCUGUCCAAGAGCCCUCCCUGGAUAUCUUCUACGAUCUACCUCAGGGGAACGGCUUCUGCCUCGGACAGCUCAACUCGGACAACAAGAGUCAACUGGUGCAAAAGGUCCGGAGCAAGAUCGGCUCGGGCAUCCAGCUGACACGGGAAAUGGAUGGCGUGUGGGUGUACAACCGCAGCAGUUACCCGAUCUUCAUCAAGUCGGCCACACUGGAUAACCCCGACUCCAGGACUCUGUUGGUCCACAAGGUGUUUCCGGGUUUUUCCAUCAAGGCUUUCGACUACGAGAAGGCGUACAGCUUGCAGCGGCCCAACGACCACGAAUUCAUGCAGCAGCCAUGGACCGGCUUUACCGUGCAGAUCAGUUUUGUGAAAGGCUGGGGCCAGUGUUACACGAGGCAGUUCAUCAGCAGCUGCCCGUGCUGGCUCGAGGUUAUAUUCAAUAACCGAUAGCCUCUCGCUCGUCAGGAGCGAGAGCGGACGGCAGGACGUUGAUAACUACUUUGCUGCUAAUAUUUCCCUUCUGAGUGCUUGCUUUUCAUGCAAACUCUUCUUCGUUGUUUUCUGUUUUGUUUUUUGAGAAAUAGCUUAUGGAAAGUCAUUGUUUUUUGAGGGGGAAGGGGAACCUCUGCGCUUUGGCGUUUCUGAUUGUUUAAGAGAAACCACCCUCUCCCCCCUCCACACGCACUAGAUGGUGUGUCAGUGACCAAUUCCUAACUCAGAAGCGGUAGGGGUGGGAGGUAAUUGACUGGCAGGCGUCAUCGAUUUGGGUCAGAACUGAUCCCGUGAGUGCGAUGGGAAGGAGAGGGUGGUGAAACCCGUGUCAAGUACAAUGUAGUGUUCUGUGUGCCUGGUCUGUAGUGGAUCCACAGUGUAUAUUUUUGGGAGAAGGGCAUUCAGUGCCCAUACGAUUGCUCUCUUGAAGGAUCUCUCCUGCCCCUGCGGCUUUGGCGGGUGGGGGAGAAGGCUGGUGGGGCCUGGGGGGAUGGCAGAGAAUUUCAGCUGCUCGCUGGCGGCUGGGUCUACCUCCAGCCUUUAAUUGCAGGGGCCUGCCGGGGAGGGCGGGGACCAAGGCUCACGCGCCCAUGCCCGGGCUACUUGGAAGCAAAUGCAGAAAUGGUUUGCAUCGGAACCAUACUUACCCCCCACCUCCCGGCCACUCUCUUCCCUCUCUCCCAACUGCCAUUUUUAAGGGGGGUGGUGAGGACGGGGGGCUUCUGCAUUUUCGUUUCUGUGAGAUCAUGCCCCUGGGGGUGGCAGCAGCAGCCUCAUUCCAGACCUGUAGGAGGCCCUGCCCCCCUGCUCUGAAUGGAGCCAGAGGUUGGGUGAGAAGGGGGAGAACAAUUGGAAACCAAGCCCCCAGAUUCGAUCCACCCGCCUACAAAGCUGGUUAUCAAGGUACCGGUUGUAUCCCAAAAUGUAAUUGUUCUUUCAUUUCUUCUUGAAUUCAUACACUCGUAUGAUACUUUUACACUGUUCUUAGCUCAAUGAGCAUGUUUAGACCUUAACAUAAGCUAUUUUUCUAACUACAAAGGUUUAAAUGAACAAGAGAAGCAGUCUCAUUGGAACUCUAGCAUUGUAGUGCUUUGAGAGAAAAAAGGACUCCUGAAAAAAAACCCUGAGAUUUAUUAAAGAAAAAAAUGUAUUUUAUGUUAUAUAUAAAUAUAUUAUUACUUGUAAAUAUAAAGACGUUUUAUAAGCAUCAUUAUUUAUGUAUUGUGCAAUGUGUAUAAACAAGAAAAUAAGAAAAGAUGCACUUUGCUUUAAUAUAAAUGCAAAUAACAAAUGCCAAAUUAAAAAAAAAUAAACACAAGAUUGGUGUUUUUUUCUAUGGGUGUCAUCACCUAGCUGAAUGUUUUUCUAAAGGAGUUUAUGUUCCAUUAAAUAAUUUUUAAAAUGUACACUUGA